AGCAAGUUUUUCUGUUAAAAAAUCGAGACACUUCAUUAACGCGCCAGUUGUCCAUGGAUAUACCAUGAUAUCAUCCCGCAUUAUCCACACACACACACACUCCAUCGCUACCAUCUCCAACAGGAGGCCGAGUAUUGUUUUGUGCACCCAUUAAUGGAGGCUUCUUAAUCAUCGUUAAACAUGCAACAGAUUCUGCUACAAAUCCCACCUUCGGUUGGAACUUUACGAAUUCUACCAUCAUCAACAACACUCAUUUGCUGCACCGGAAAACCUGAAUCGGUUCACAAGAUGCAUCAAAGAAAAUUGCCCAAAAGGCCCCGCUUCCCUUCCAGGCUUAAUCACAAGUCACUCACCUCCCGAAUCGUUCAACUCACUCGCCGCCGCCAACUCACUCAGAUUUUUCAAGAAAUUGAGAUUGCAAAGAGUCAAUAUGGAAAUUUGGGCACGAUCGUGAUGAACGCGGUGAUGCAGGCUUGCAUUCAUUGCGAUGACAUUGAUUCAGCUUUAGAAGUGUUUGGUGAAAUGUCAAAGCUAGAGGGCUGUGGGGUUGAUAAUAUUACAUAUGGUACACUUCUGAAGGGUUUGGGUAAUGCUCGGAGAAUUGAUGAAGCAUUUCAAAUGCUUGAAUCCGUGGAGAAAGGUACUGCUGUUGGAAGUCCACAGUUAUCUGUGCCCCUGAUUUGUGGUCUGUUGAAUGCUCUAAUUGAAGCAGGGGAUCUGCGCCGUUCCAAUGGUCUUCUAGCAAGAUACAGUUAUGUGUUUCGUGAAGGUGGAAGUCCAUCAAUCUUGGCAUACAACUUAUUGAUGAAGGGAUAUAUAAGUGUUGGUUGUCCUCAUGAAGCAUUAAGCACACAUGAUGAAAUACUGCGACAAGGAUUGAAUCCCGAUAGGCUCACAUACAAUACAUUAAUCUUUGCAUGUGUCAAGAUGGAAAAUUUGGAUGCCGCAAUGCUAUUUUUUGAGCAAAUGAAGCAGGAUAAAGCACAGAAAGAUGAUGAUGAAGAUAUUUUUCCUGAUCUUGUUACCUACACUACAUUGCUGCAGGUCAGUCCAAUAGGUCAAUAUACUGUUUGAAUCGUUUUUAUUAAC